AUGCAUUUUCUUACAUCGCUCGUUCUUGUAGCAUUAAACUGCAAUAUUAUCAAUGCGCACAUUGAUCCAUAUACUGGACCGCGCGAUGGGAACCGAAAAGCUUUGAACCACAAACAUGUGUUUAACGCCCUCAACUCGGCCCUGCGCAAGAGGGAGUCCACGACCAACCAGAAUGGCAUGUCUUUCUUCCUGGCAACAGUCCCCGAAGGGACCCCUCUCUUCCAUGGGAACCCUAAAUCAGACCGGAUCAAUGGCACAGAGUUCUUGGCUUUUGAUCCUGAAUUCUCACUGAUUUUUGCUCGGAAGCAUGGAGGCAAUGGCCAUGGUGACCGCCAUGAUGGUCGUUUGCUUGACCACGAUGAACAACAGCCUCUAGUUGAUGGAGAGGCCCAAAUCGCUCAAGCUCCUGAUCUGGCUGGCUGGCUACAUACAUACCUGGCCGCCAAGGACCUCAACUUGUUGUACAUUGACGGCGCAUCAGCCAGAAAGACGAGAUCUGGAACAAUGGAUUCGUUUGAUCGAAUUCUUAUGAAUGACACGCUUUCAGGAGGUGUCGAGGAUGAAUACAAGCGUGCGCAGACAAUAUGCGAUCUCGCCAAAGGGCCCUGGGAAGAUCGAAUUGAUGGGGUUAUUCGCCUUGGUGGGGAUUUUGAGAUCAUUCUAUGCGACUUUGAACGAAAUCUGGACUUGGAAUCCGUCGUUCGAGUUCGGGAAAAUACUCCAAUCCAGGAUCACGGACCUGGGUCUGGUGGGAUUGGUAUUCGCUUCGUCCAAGCUAAUUUCAACAACUUUGUGUCGAUUUUCACGUAUGGACUGGAUUUGUACUCGCGGGCCAAAGAGAACGACUCGGGAUUGUUCCAUGAUGAGAUUACAGCCCAUCUACCACGAUUGAACCAUCUUUCUACCCAAGAUCUAGAGCCGAUACGACAAGAUGUCAAUCAUCUCAUCCUGCACCAGAAGCCAAGUGGGGGCAAGUUUGAUUGGCAAGGAAUAACCGACAUGACAGUAGCUAGGUACAGCAAUGUUUUGAGGGAGCUUGCAUUUCCUACUGAAGAGGAGACACACGCAUCACUACAGGGGCGCAUCGAACGUCUCUUGUCUCCUUUCAUCGACUACAGUACGCGCAACCACAUGCUGGAAGUAGAGCGUUGUGCCUCGAUCUUCCUUCCCAGAACAGCACCUACUAAAGCCCUAGCGUAUCAGGCAGUCCAUGGUGUCACAGAGUACAUAUGCAAGGCCCUUUAUGAUGCCUUGGCAGAUGGUGAGAAGGAGCUGAUGACGGAGCGGAUGAGACAUCUUGUUUGGUAUCUUGACUGGGCGAUCUGGGUCGAUGCUUGA